AUGCUCACCACCGCGCCGCACCUGCACGUCCGCCGCCCGUCUCCCACGACCGCCGAGUUCACCGUCACCACCUGCCCACCGCCGACCCUGUCGCUGCGCAUCCUCCUGAGCCUGGUCUUCAUCGUCCGCGUGCUCCUCGGCCUCGCCGUCCUGCUCGUGCUGUACUCGACAUGGACCCUCUCGCCCUAUUACCGCCACCAAGACCACUCGCAACUCCCUUCAACCAUCGCGACCGCCACCCCCACGGCGACGAGCACGACAUUUUUCCUCCAUGAGCACCACAAAAUCAACACGACAGUCGCAACAAUAACCGCAACGGGCCCCACCAUAGCCAGCCCAGGGGACGCCGCUGCGAACCCCGCGCCAACCACGCUCUACACGACAGACUGGCUGCCGUACCUCGCGCGCGCGGCGCACCUCUCACCACCGGGGCAGCUAGCGCACCGGGUGGCGGCGGGGCUGCCGGCGCACGCGGCGGUGGCGCUGUGCGCGGCGGUGGUGUACGCGACGACGCUGCGGGUGCACACGACCGAGUCGCUGCUGGUGCUGCGCGGGCUGGGGAUCCAGACGAGCUCCAUCGGCGGCAGCUACCUGGCCGGGUGGCGCGCGGGCACGCGCUUCAUCCCCACCGAGAAGAUCCGCGACGUGCUCAUCAACGAGGCGUUCCGCGGCUUCGCCGUGCGCUACUACCUGGUCGUUGUUGUCGAUGGCGAGGAGGACGUCGUCGUCGUCUUCCCGCGCCUGCUUCCCGGCCGCAGGGUCGUCGAGGCCGUCUGGAGGGGCGUGCGAGGGUGCCUGUGGGAGCCGGACGGGAGCGUGCCCGUGAGUAAGAGGUGGGAUGAGAAGGGGCAGUAUGGGUGA